AAAUUAACACAGUUAUACUUUAUUUUCGGUGAUUGCGAAACUGUCAAAGUAGAGCCUUUAAUGAAUGACUCCUGUUGUGACUUUAUUUCGUUUUUCUUAUUUGAUAACAGAAAUCAAUAUAAGUUAUUUAUUUAGAUACCCUUAUCAAACGUGAUAAAUAUUGACACGGGGCAAUCUUAGGUAUUUCUUUCAGUGUAAUCGGUGAAUUGUAAAAAUGGAAGACAUAUUUCAGUGGUGUAGAGAAGGAAAUGCUUUGCAGGUGCGAGUUUGGCUAGAUGAUACUGAACAUGACAUGAACCAAGGAGAUGAUCAUGGCUUCAGUCCACUGCACUGGGCCUGCAAGGAAGGUCACAUCAAAAUUGUGGAGAUGCUCAUUCGCCGUGGGGCUCGGAUUAAUGUCACUAAUAUGGGAGAUGAUACACCACUGCAUUUAGCUGCUGCACAUGGACAUCGCCCUAUUGUACAACUGUUGCUACAAAACCGAGUGGAUGUUAACUUUACAAAUGAGCAUGGAAACUCUCCAUUACACUAUGCGUGUUUCUGGGGCUACAGUGCGAUUGCUGAGGAUCUAGUACUUGCUGGAGCGCUUGUGUCUCUCGCAAAUAAAGAUGGGGAUACACCCCUGGAUAAGACUAGAGGACAACUGGUACAAAGAUUGCAUGAACUCGCGGUUCAACAUGGACAGGAUCUAAAGAAGAUUCAGUUCAAAGAUCAGUCAUGGCUUGGCUUGAAGACAAGAAGUCGUGACGCGACUCUCUCACGUCAUAAAGGCAUCAAUAUCAAUGAGUUGGCGCUGCACACGAGAAUUGCUGUUACUCCAUCAGGUGAGACAUGGCGCGGCCGGUGGCAGAAGAACGACAUCGUGGCUAAGAUAAUAGCAGUGCGUGAGUGCACGCCGCGAGUGCAGCGAGACUUCAACGAGGAGUUUCCCAAGCUGCGCAUCUUCUCGCAUCCCAACAUACUGCCUGUUGUGGGUUGUUGCGUGUCUCCGCCAUCUCUGGUGGUGAUAUCUCAGCACAUGUCGUGGGGCUCGCUGUACAGCCUGCUGCACGGUGGUGGGGGCGGGGGCCGGGGCGGGGUGGUGGUGGACGCGGGGGCGGCGCUGCGCCUGGCGCGGGACGCUGCAGCAGGCAUGGCGUAUCUGCACUCGCUGCAGAGAGACCGCGCUCUGCCCACAUAUCAUCUCAACAGUCGACAUAUUAUGAUCGAUGAGGACCUGACGGCGCGCAUCAACAUGGCGGACUCGAAGUUCUCGUUCCAGGAGCGCGGUCGUGUGUACGCGCCGGCGUGGAUGUCUCCCGAAGCGCUGCUGAAGCCCGCAGCGAAGCGCAACUGGGAGGCUGCAGACAUGUGGAGCUUCGCUGUGCUGCUCUGGGAGCUCGCCACUAGAGAGGUACCAUUUGCGGACUUAUCGCCGAUGGAAUGCGGUAUGAAGAUAGCUCUGGAAGGGCUCCGGGUGACCAUCCCGCCCGGCGUGUCUCCGCACAUCGCUAAACUGAUCAAAAUCUGCAUGAACGAGGACCCCGGCAAACGACCUUCCUUCGAAAUGGUACUGCCAAUAUUGGAGAAGAUGAAACGCUGAUUCAAACGAAAAAAAAAAUCUAUGGUAAUUUGAGUAUCCCAACACCACAACCAUAGGGUGGCAAGUAACAAAAAUAAUCAAUUUAUAUUAAGAACAUCAUUUAACAUCAGUAUGAUUGUUUGAUAAAAUAAAAAAUAUAUAGUUACUUGGAUUUAUAUCAAAAUACAGUUCUAAUAAUUUCGUAAUCACUAAAGUAAAAUCUACUCUGUCGUAAAAAUAACAGAUUAAAAAAGUAAACACAAAUGUUAUUAACUAAAGCACAAUAUAAUUAAUGUUAAAUGUAUGAAGUUUUAUAUUUUUUUAAAGUAAAUAUUUUGAAUUUGCAGGAAAGUGCCAUAUGAGUUAUACACAUCCAAUAUUUUUUUAUAAACUUAGUGGACAUGAAAAUUAUACCACCUAUUUCGUAUUCUAUUUAUUUUAGCAAUUCUAUAAAAUAUUCUUAACAAUUUGUUAAGUCCCAAAAAAUAAUUACAAUAUUUAUGUAUUUAAUCGAUUUUUUUUAAACUUAAUAGUUAUGCCUUAUACAAUGUUUUGGAUUUAAUACAAUGCUAAAAUUAAUAGGAUUAUUUCUUUUUAUUUCGAAACUGCCAGUAUUUAAUUGUUGUUUAGUACUAAGGUUGUGUUUCUAAUUUUUGUCUUGUGAAAAUCUUAACAUUAGCAGUAAAAAUAGGUGCUAAACUGCCUACAUGAAAUGUUGCCAUGUAGCAAACACGGAGCAAUGCAUGAAAAAUGUAUUUAACAUAGAUGUGUAAAAUAUUUACCAAAUUAGGUUAAGAAAUAUUUAAAAAUACUAAUUUUAAAUGUUAUAACUUUUAUGUGAAGAAUCUCCAAGCCAAUCAGAUUAUUUUAUGAUUUUUUAUACUUA